GCGCGAUGUAUAAUGGGUGGCUCCUGCCGACAACAUCGCUCUUUAAUUCAUCUUUUCAUAUGCCGGUGCGAUUUCAAAGUGUGUGUUGUGGAUACCUGGCUUGAGGAACAAGAUGAAUGGGACAUGUUUGCGGAGAAGACGAGGUGGCCCAUAUAAAACAGAACCUGCUUCAAACUUAACCCUCUGGCGCUUGAGUAAUGAAGAGGGUCGGCAGCGGUGGCAAUAUCUGGCAGAUGGUGAGGGUGGUGAUCGGGAACAAACUAUGUUGGAAGCUCACUCUCUAGGGCUGGACACGAGUAAAUUCUUCCCUGACUUGCUGAAGGCCCGCACAGCACAGGAGGCAGCGAUGAAUGGGAUGAAGUUUUAUUCAGGCCUACAAGCAGAAGAUGGCCAUUGGGCUGGGGACUAUGCAGGGCCUCUCUUUUUAAUGCCAGGGCUGCUAAUCACAUGCUAUAUUGCCAAGAUCCCACUGCCAGAAGAGAGCAAGAAGGAGAUGGUGCGGUAUUUGCGUUCAGUUCAGCUCCCAGAUGGAGGAUGGGGCCUGCAUGUUGAGGACACAUCUAAGGUAUUUUCUACUGCUCUCAACUACACAGCCAUGCGAAUCCUUGGGGUCAGUCCCGAUGACCCGGACCUGUUGCAGGCCCGAAACAGCCUCCAUAGCAAAGGAGGUGCUGUGGGAAUCCCUUCCUGGGGUAAAUUUUGGUUGGCUGUCCUGAAUGUCUACAGCUGGGAAGGACUGAACACACUUUUCCCUGAGAUGUGGUUGUUCCCUCCCUGGAUGCCAGGCCACCCUUCCACUCUUUGGUGUCACUGCCGUCAGGUUUAUUUGCCAAUGGCCUACUGCUAUGCCACACGUCUUACUGCAGAAGAAGAUGAACUUGUCCUGAGCCUCCGAGAGGAAUUGUACAUACAAGACUAUUCCAGUAUUGACUGGCCAGCACAGAGAAACAAUGUAGCUGCAGAUGAUGUCUACACACCACACAGCUGGCUGCUCACAGUUGUCCAUGCCCUAGUCAACAUCUACGAAAGAUUCCACAGCACAAUUCUGAGACAGCGAGUCAUGGAGCACCUAUAUGAGCACAUUAAAGCCGAUGACCGAUUCACUAAGUGCAUCAGCGUUGGCCCUAUAUCUAAAACAAUUAACAUGCUUGUGCGCUGGUAUGUGGAGGGAGACAAGUCUCUUGCAUUCCAAGAACACGUUUCCAGAAUCCCUGACUAUCUCUGGCUGGGACUGGAUGGCCUGAAGAUGCAGGGUACCAAUGGAUCGCAGCUUUGGGAUACAGCAUUUGCUAUCCAAGCCUUCCUAGAGGCUGGUGCCCAGAAGAAGGAUGAAUUUACCUCGUGUCUGCUACGUGCGCAUGAGUUCUUGAGAAUCACUCAGAUUCCAGAUAACCCACCUGAUUAUGAGAAGUACUACCGUCAGAUGAGCAAGGGUGGAUUUCCUUUCAGCACUCGUGACUGUGGUUGGAUUGUAGCUGACUGCACUGCUGAGGGGCUGAAGUCAGUAAUGCUUCUGCAGGAGAAUUGCUCAUUCAUAAAGGAUCAUAUCCCACCCAACCGCCUCUUUGAUGCUGUGAAUGUGUUGCUGAACAUGCAAAAUGCUGAUGGUGGCUUUUCUACCUAUGAAACUAUGCGUGGGGGCUGGCUGCUGGAGCUACUGAAUCCUUCUGAGGUGUUUGGUGAUAUCAUGGUGGACUACACAUACGUAGAGUGCACCUCAGCAGUGAUACAGGCACUGAAGCAUUUCCAUGAGCGCUUCCCGGAACAUAGGGCACUGGAGAUCAGAGAGACGUUGCAAAAGAGCAUCCGGUUCUGUCGGAAACUGCAGAGGGCUGAUGGCUCCUGGGAAGGGUGUUGGGGUGUGUGCAUCACCUACGGCACAUGGUUCGCACUGGAAGCAUUUGCUUGUAUGCAGCACACCUACCACGAUGGAGUGGCCUGCAGGGAGGUGUCACGGGCUUGUGAGUUCUUGGUCUCCAAACAGAUGGAGGAUGGUGGUUGGGGAGAGGACUUUGAAUCUUGUGAACAGCGCAGAUACAUCCAGAGUGCCACAUCCCAAAUCCACAACACCUGCUGGGCUCUUCUGGGACUGAUGGCUGUAAGGUAUCCAAACAUCAGAGUCCUGGAAAGGGGGAUCAAAGUUUUGAUUGACAAACAACUGCCUAAUGGGGACUGGCCUCAGGUACCGUUUUAAGAAGGCUGCGGGCAUGAAAACUGGUUGAAAGUGAUGGAAGUCCGAGCACUGCGAUACUGUUUAUAGGAUGGAGCUGCUCAACCCAUUUAUUUUUUCAAAAUAUGUUUCUAUGAGAAAAGAAAAUUAACACACAACAAACAAGAUACAUACGUGUAUGCAGAAUGGAAAAAGUAUUGUGCUUCGGCUGCUGCUCUCCAGAAGUUCCACAGCAGACCUUACCCCCCUUCAAGGACAUGCCCUUCUUUCAUCCCUAGAACUGGAGUGCCUCCUCUUCAGCAGUUGGAUAGAUGGUGGCUGCAGGCUCUUUUUGACAUCCACAGUGACUGAAGCGGGGUGUGUGUAUGCUUGUGUGAUGACAAUAUUAAUGAUCCACUCACCAGGUUUGGAUGUCAUAGUUGCUGUUCCAACUGCUGCUCUCUCAAGGUUCCAUAAUGGCCACAGGGAGCAAAUAGUGUCUGCCACCAUCAGAACUACGGUCCCGGGCUAUGGUCUGAAGGCACGUGAGGCCAGCUCUCUGCUGAAGCUAAGCAGCGUCAGGUGUGGUCGGUGCCUGGAUGGGAGACCGCCUGGGAACCAUAUGUAAGCCGCCUUGGGUUUCUAGCAUGGAAAGAAAGGCGGGGUAUAAAAGGAAUGAAUGAAUGAAUGAACUAGGGCCAGGUAGCACCAGAUAUUUUAAGCCCUAGGGCUGGCACACCACCUCACAGGCAGCCAGUUGCAUAAUGUGUGGCUCUGGGCUCCUCCAAACACCCAGUGGUGAUUUGAAGCAGUGGGAAGACAAUCAUGUUAAUUGUCCGUUCCUCAGGCCUUAGAUGUUAACUGUUCUCAGCACUGAGAGGAAAAAAGGGGAAAAAAACACAAAACACGUGAAAGCCCUAAAAAGAAAAAGCCUCAAAAUGGUCCUGAAAUUUAAUAAAAUUGUAAAAUACCCAAUACAUUUCGGUAAAAGUCUUCAGAGGCACUGAAAACAACUGUAAAUAAGCAAACAGACUUCCCAUUCCUGAUGCAUAAUGUAUAUAAUA